GACAGACUAAACAGAUAGUACAGGCUGUCCUAGGAGGAGGCUUCACCUCCAGACAGCCAGAGACACGCCAGGAUGGAGGUCCUGAAGGAGAAAGUGGAGGAGGAGGAGGCUGCUGAGCGGGAGGACGCGGUGGAGAGGGGCGAGAAGAUGAUGAAGCCACCGCCGGAGACGCGGAAGGAGGAAGCCCCCAUGACGCAGGAGAUGCUCAGAGACCUGGAGAAGAAGCUGUCGGACAUUGAGAUCGUCAUCCCGGAGACGCCGGUCGUUACCAAGGACACCAAGGUCUCCAUCGACACCUCCAUGCUGCCCGCUUCCUACCAAAGCAACUCGCCCAAGGAGGAGCACCUGCUGCAGGUGGCAGACAACUUCUCCUGCCAGUACAGCCACCUGUGCCCGGACCGCGUGCCCCUCUUCCUGUACCCGCUGAACGAGUGCCAAGUGCCCAAGUUCGUGAGCACAACCAUCCGGCCCACACUGAUGCCCUACACCGAGCUCUACAACUGGGACAGCUGCGCCCAGUUCGUUGCGGACUUCCUCUCCAUGGAGCCCCUGGCCGACCCUCUCAAGCCGCCCACGCACCUGUACUCCCCGACCACGGUGCUCAAGUACCAGAGGGGCAACUGCUUCGACUUCAGCACGCUGCUCUGCUCCAUGCUCAUCGGCGCCGGCUACGACGCCUACUGCGUCAACGGCUACGGCUCCCAGGACCUGUGCCUCAUGGACCUGACGCGGGAGGCGUGCCCGCUCACCACGAAGCCCAAGACGACAGUCCAGGAGAAACAAGUGGCACCACCUAAGAAGUACGCCGUCAAACCUCCCAGGGACCUGACCAGCAGGUACGAGCAGGAGCAGGAGAGGAAGAAGCAGGAAAAGAUCAGAGCUGAGGAGGAGAAGCGGCUGAAGGAGGAAGAGGGGCGCCUCCAGGAGGCGGAGAAUGCAAAAGCCGACCCCCUGCACGGCCUGCGGGUGCACUCGUGGGUGCUGGUGUUGUCGGGGAAGCGCGAGGUGCCCGAGAGCUUUUUCAUUGACCCUUUAACGGCACGCAGCUACAGCACCCAGGACGACCACUUCCUGGGCAUCGAGAGCCUGUGGAACCACAAGAACUACUGGAUCAACAUGCAGGACUGUUGGAACUGCUGCAAGGACUUGAUCUUUGACCUGGGAGACCCUGUGAGGUGGGAGUACCUGCUUUUGGGGACCGAUAAGCCUCACCUGUCGAUCCUGGAUGAAGAUGAUGAUAACCUGAUUGAGGACGAUGACAUCGACAAUCUGGGCAAGGAGGACGAGGAUAAGAGCUUCGACAUGCCGCACUCCUGGGUGGAGCCCAUCGAGAUCUCCUCAGAAGCGUUCGAGACCCGCUGCCCCAACGGGAUGAAGGUGAUCCAGUACAAGAGAGCCAAGCUGGAGAAGUGGGCCCCGUACCUCAACAGCAACGGCCUCAUGUCCCGCCUCAGCACCUACGAGGACUUGGAGUGCACCAAGCUGUUGGAGAUGAAGGAGUGGUACCAGAAUCGGGAGGACAUGCUGGAGCUGAAGCACAUAAACAAGGUGACGGGCCUGAUCAUCGACUACUUCAAGCCGGGCCACCCCCAGGCUCUGCGUGUGCACUCAUACAUGUCCAUGCAACCCGAGAACGACCGCGUCAUGGAGUUCUACGAAAAGGCCCGCGUGGACGGCCUGAUAAAGCGGGAGGAGACGCCCAGGACGAUGACCGAACACUACCAAGGACGGCCCGACUUCCUCGCCUACCGCCAUGUCACGUAUGGGCCCAGGGUCAAGAAGGUCACGCUGAGCAGCGCAGAGUCCAACCCCCGGCCCAUCACGAGAAUCACAGAGCGGUUCUUCCGUGACCCGGCCAAGCCCGCGGACGAGGACGUGGAGGAGCGCGCGUUUCUGAUCCUGGAGGAGCGCAUCCAGCUGCGCUACCACUGCCGCGAGGACCACAUCACGGCGUCCAGGCGCGAGUUCCUGCGGCGCACCGAGGUGGACAGCAAGGGCAACAAGAUCAUCAUGACCCCCGAAAUGUGUAUCAGCUACGAGGUGGAGCCCAUGGAGCACACCAAGAAGCUCCUGUACCAGUACGAGGCCAUGAUGCAGCUGAAGGAGCAGGAGAAGAUGUCCCGACAUCAGGCCUGGGAGUCGGAGCUGGAGGUGCUGGAGAUCCUGAAGCUUCUAGAGGAAGAGGAGGAGGCGCACACGCUGAAGAUCUCCAUCUACGACACGAAGCGCAAUGAGAAGAGCAGGGAGUACCGGGAGGCCAUGGAGCGCGUGAUGCACGAGGAGCACUUGCGGCAGGUGGAGGCCCAGCUGGACUACCUGGCCCCGUUCCUGGCCCAGCUGCCCCCAGGGGAGAAGCUGACACGCUGGCAGGCCAUUCGCCUCAAGGACGAGUGCCUCAUUGACUUCAAGCAGCGGCUCAUCGACAAGGCCAACCUUAUCCAGGCCCGUUUCGAAAGGGAGACCCAGGAGCUGCAGAAGAAACAGCAGUGGUACCAGGAGAACCAGGUGACCAUGACCACCGAGGACGAAGACUUGUACCUGAGUUACUGCUCUCAGGCCAUGUUCCGCAUCCGUAUCUUGGAGCAGCGGCUCAAUCGACACAAGGAGCUGGCCCCGCUGAAGUACCUGGCGCUGGAGGAAAAGCUCUACAAGGACCCACGCCUGGUGGAGCACCUGAAAGUCUUUUCUUGAUGCCCCUCUUGGGGCCGCAGCCUCAGCUGGCAGAGAGAGGAC